AUGCUGGGCCCUGGUUAUGGUGCUGGUGUCGCAUCAUCCCCAGGGGCCUCAGUGUCGAUUCUCCCGCCUACUCCAGCCCUUGCUCUGCCCCUUGUGAUGGCUCUCUCUUCCCUUUCCUCGUCCUCCUGCGAGGCUUCCACAUCGCCGUGCUCAUUUUCUGGGUUAAAUUCGCUCCCGUUGUCAUUGUUGUCAGCACUCCCUUCCUCCUCAUUCGCCACCUCGUGCUCUUUUUCUGGCCGAUCGUGGCAUUCCCGCUACGUCCCGGAUCUCUCCAGCGCUGGUUCUCCGCCCACAACGGGCCCUCUCCCCCCUCUUCCUCCGCGCCUCCCGCCCUGGUCUCCGCGUGUGCCGCCCCUGCCUGCACUGUUGCUCCCUCCUCGACCGCUGUGGAUCGCGCCCGUUCGCCUCGGCGGCAUCUACGGUGCCCUUCCUACGAUCGCGCGUCUGCCAUUCGGUGGUCCCCAGGCGAUUCUGCCUCCUCUCGCGCGGCUACGCGUCUCUCUUCCUUCCGUUUGUAGCUGGGCAUCAUCAGCGGCGGCUGUUGCGGGUCCCGACUGUGCCAGGCUUGCUCUGAGCCUUCGCGGUGCUGGCUGGGUGCGGAUCUUCCUCCCGUGCCUCCCGCAGCCAGCGCGGUCGGCGUGGUGGUUCUCGCGAGCCGGUGUAUCGCUCUCCUCCUGGGCGUACUCAUGCGUUCCUGCGUCCGCGCCAGCAGCAGUCGUUUCGGCGCACUCACCGCUAGCCCUUCUUCCCUCCACCUCUUCCGCGUCCUCUGCGUUUGUCCCCACUACGGUUCCCUCCAUCACAGCCACCUUCACUCCCACCUCCUUACUUGCCGUUUCUGCAGCCUCUGUCGUCGCCUCUUCAAACUCAGCAGUCGUCUGCUCUUCAGCCGGCUUCUCUGCCGCAUUCCUCUCAGAUGCCGCCCAUGUUACCUGCCCCUGUGGCUGUUUUGACGGCUUCCCCUGCUGUCCCUCCUUCCCCCCAGGGUGGGGGGAGUGCCCUCCUAUUGAGCGGCUUCUUCUUGUCGAGCAGCGCGUUGCGACCGUGGGGACUGUCCUGGAGCUGCUGGCGGGGGUGCUUGACCAGCUGCAUGCGAGUCUGAGGCGCGGGCGUGUUGCUUGCCCGCCGCUGUUGAAGAAGGAGCGGGCGGCUGCCGUGGCGGCGGCAAGACAGAUGAUGCUGAGCUUCCCACGGAUGGGUCUCGUGACCGGCUCCCCCGGGGUGGGUUCUGGUCCUGGGCCUUCCGCCGUGAGGCGGUUGGCUUCUUCUGCCCGUUGCACCCCCCUUGACGUUGUACCAGCCGCCGCAGCGCUGUUGCGCUGGUUGGACGGACGGCUGGCUUUGAUUCUCGCCGAGUAG